ACCCCGCCCUCCACCGGCCCCACCCCGCCGUCCGCGGGCGCCUCGCCGUACAACUUCCCCGCGGCGGCGCUGGCUGCCUUCGCCGCCGGGUACCCGCCCGGCCUGCUGCCCAAGUUUGGACCGCACCACCCGCUCGCCUCGCCGCUGGGCCUCCACCCGGCGCACCCGUACCCCUCGGCCGAGGACGUGCUCGCGGCCGCUAUCGCCGGCCACCACCCUCACCCCGCCAUGGUGCCCCGGCCGUUCAGGCCCAUGCCGCCCGAGGACGACGGCGUCGUGGACGACCCCAAAGUCACCCUGGAGAGCAAGGAGCUCUGGGAGAAGUUCCACAAACUGGGCACCGAGAUGGUCAUCACCAAAAGUGGCAGACGGAUGUUCCCCGCCUUCAAAGUGAGAGUCACGGGCCUCGACAAGAAGGCCAAGUACAUCAUGCUGAUGGAUAUCGUCGCAUGCGACGAUUGCAGAUACAAGUUCCACAACAGCCGGUGGAUGGUCGCUGGCAAGGCUGACCCCGAGAUGCCCAAGAGGAUGUACAUCCACCCCGACUCACCGCUCACCGGCGAGCAGUGGAUGCAGAAGCUUGUCAGUUUCCACAAGCUCAAGCUCACCAACAACAUCUCCGAUAAACAUGGAUUUGUAAGUACAGUUCGUCGUAUUUGCCAACUUAGACCACCUCUGAUUUUUGGUCGUUCGGACCAUCUACUUAAGACAAUUUUAAAACAUAGUCAGUACCGAUUUCUCCUUGUCUCACUCAUGCGCUCAUGCGUGAGCCAGAUGCCGCAGAUCACCCAGCUCAAGAUCGACAACAACCCGUUCGCAAAGGGCUUCCGCGACACGGGCGCCGGCAAGCGGGAAAAGAAGCAGUCGCUGCUGGCCCAGCGGGUGACAGAGGACCUGAAGGGCGGGCCGCGGCCCGACUCGACGGCUGCGCACCUGUCGCCGUCGCACCUGCAGCCGCACGUUCGGCCGCCCUCCUCAACAGGCUCCAGCGUGCAGGACGACCCGCACUACCGCCACCUCGGCGCCUCCUCGGAUGCGUCGGCUGCAGAGCAGGCAAUGCGCCAGCUGCUCCACAUGCAGCAGCUGCACCAACAGCACCUGCAGCUGCUCCAGCAGCAGCACCAGCAACAGCAGCAGGACGACUCGGACAGCGGCAGUUGCUCGGGCUCGGGCGCCGACUCCCGGACGGUGCGGGAGCGCAGCCGCAGCCGGGAGCGCGACGCGGACCGGGACCGCGCCGACCGGGAUCGUGCCGACCGGGAUCGCGCUGAUCGGGACCGCGAGCGGGAUCGGGACGCAGAGGAGAAAGGCGGCGCCGACUGUCCAACACCGAACGUGUCGGUAGGCCCGCCACCGCCGCUGCUGCCCUACCUGUACCCGCCGUCGCUGUACCCGGGGGCCGCGGCCUUCCAGGGUCCGCCGCUGUCGUUGUUCGGCGCCGCCGGCCACGGCGUCAACCCCAGCCUGCUGCUCAACGCGCAGCUCGCCCUGGCCGCCCAGCAGUUCGGCCACUACCCCCACCUCGGCCAGCCCGCGGGCUCGCUGAACCAGCACCUCAAGGCGGCCAUGGCCGGCGUCGCCGGCGGCCUGUCCGGCGGCCACCCCAACCGCUUCAGCCCGUACCCGCUGACGCCGCCCGGGGCGGGCGCCGGGUCGCCGCUGAGCCCCUCCAGGAUGGGCCCCUCGCCGCUGGGCUCGGCCUUCGAGGCCGUGACGCCAGGGUCCUCGCUGCUGGCCCGGCCGCCGUCGGGGAGCCCGUCCAGCCCGCCGCCGGGCUACCCACACCUCCACCACAACCACCCGGCCUUCCCGGGCGCAAGGGACCUCCUCCACCACCAUCCCGCCCGGAGGUCGCCGUCCGACUCGCGCAGUCGGAGCACCUCCCCGUCGAGUCGGACGUCGCCGACCUCGGCUCCGCAGCCCCCGCGACGAUCGCCGUCGCCCACGAGCCUCGAGGUGGUGCGGCUGAACUCGGCCUCGACGACGCCGACCGCGGCACAAACGGUGUCCACGACGUCCUCGUCGCCCUCGAGCCAGAUACGCAGCAUUGAGAGGAUGGUGAACGGCCUGGACGGCACGCCCCGAGGCAAGGCGGGGAGCUCGCCGAACUCACCCGGGACGACGUCAUAGGCGCGCCCGGCGGCCAGAGGAGGGUUGCCGGUGAGUCGAACAAGUGGUGAUGUCAUGACAUUAUUACGCCAAUGGCCUCGUUGGCAGAACUACAGUGUUACCUUUUGGGGGGAGUUGUACGGGUGUUUCGUUGAGAGUUCCUCAUGUUUAUACAACGCUGGCAUCGGCCCUGUCUGCAACGUAGACAAUCACACGAUAUCGUCGCGUUUGUGAUAAUGUUUUCUGUUCUAUUUAAGUUUUAUUUCAUCUGCGCACAUCUCUCUGGAACUGCUCGUUAAAUUUGUUCGUGCCCCCGCAGGAGGUGAAAUGCCAAGUAUUUCGCAGGCCACGGACCGAUAAGUUGUUUGGACAACCUGGGGCCAAACUUAAUCUGCUCAAGCGGGCAAAACUAAAAUAAAAUUGUGCUGCCUUUCAUUUCUAGCAACGAGUGUAGACAAAAUAGCUCAUAGCAGCAGAUUUGACAGUGAGAAAAUUUAACUUUGGUGCUGAUAUUAGUUGUAUCAAUGAUUUAUAUCUGGUGUGAAAUUUUAUCAAACCUACUGAUUUUUAUUAGAGUGUAUAUACAUAUAUCACUUGUAAUUCUAUGUUAUCAUUUAAAUUAUAUCACAGUUUCAUGAACAUAUUGUUUGUUUUCUCUUUUACUUUUAUUUGGUGACUAUGAUCAAACCUGUUGUGUACAUACAGUGUUAUUUACCCUAUCUUUCUUUUAAUUGUUAUUCAUUUAUACCAAAGAGUAUUGUGUAUACGCAAUAAGAUGGUUAUACCACUUAAAGUAAAAAUCUUAUGUUCAUGCGUACAGUAUCUUCUUUUUGCUGCAUUCCUGCUCUGUUUUGUGUUAUUUUAUAACUGAGAAGCCUUUCAACCUUUGCUUGACCUAGGAACCCCCUGUUCUUAUCUUCUACAAUUUUUAAACCCCAACAGACUAAGAAUUUAAGUCUUAUUUGAUUGGCUGGAGCACAAACCCUGUUGCAUUCAGUAUAAAAAUGGCUUUUCAAAUGCCAUUUUGACUUUGUGAUUCUAUGAACAAAACGGGUUGAUAGAUUCAUUGUGCCUGUAACUUUGUUUUUAUAAUUUAUUUACUAUUCAUUUCAAAUCUUGUAAUAAUUGUUGUGUUUUUAAAUAUCUAUCUGUUAUCUUCCAAAACGCUUUAGACUGAUUCCUUCAAUGUCAAUCUUGCAAUUUUAAUCAGUUGUUCGAGGAAUUACUGGGCUCAUUGCCCCAUGAAAUUGAAUACUAUAUAUAACAGGUGACUGCUCACCACACAUUUUCUUGCUUUCUCAUAUGGCCUGGAUCUAACUGACCUCUGAACUUGGCCUAUGAUUUUCUUUGCUAUCGACUUGCAGUAUUUGUAGAUUUAAUAGACUGUAUUUAUAUUUUGUAGAACAGCAGAUUACACUAAAUAAGAAUUCACAAUCGAUUUGUCAAUCUGCUGUUAUUUUAAUACCCACAGAAUAAAUGGAUUGGUAAAGGACCCCCCAUUACAUUUGUAAACUUAAAGCUGACCAUAUCGAAAAAUUGUGUUAUAUUUUAAUAAACUAAAGUACACGAGUGUUUAAAAGAUUGCAUCAAGUAACUACAAAACUUUACCCAUUCUGUGCAUUUUGAAUUUGGCUAUCUGAUGAUUGUGAUGUUGAGUUUUCAGAAUAGUUGUAUUGUAAUUCAGUGUUACGUGCUGUGAAACUUAAAUAUGGAAAAAGUAAUUUGAAGUAAAAACAAAAAUUAUCAAUAACUCAGCAUUUAUGGCCAGCAAUUUUUUUCCCCCUUUACUGCCACAUUGGCUUAUAGCUCGCAAUCCGAAAAUCACCAAAAAACUGAUGUAAAACAAAUAAAAAUAAGAAUAAAUUUCAUUGCGAAA